UUGUGAGUGUAACAUUAAUUGACGCGUGUCUGGUACAUGCGCAAUACAAACUUGCUUUCAAAUGACGCGUUUGACACUUCUGUCAUUUCACUUUUUACAUACGUGUCAAGCGAACUUGCGCGUUUGGCUUUAGCGGCCCUUAAUUUUAGGAAAUAAUUGACAAAUAUACCUGCUAAUCAUUGAAAAUGGCACCGAAACAGAGGAUGCGUAUCGCCAACGAAAUUGCCAGCAAAAACAUUACCAUGAGAGGCAAUGUGCCAAAGUCUACCAAGGAAAAGGACGACCAAUACCCCGUCGCGCCCUGGUUGCUGGCUCUCUUCAUCUUCGUAGUUUGCGGUUCAGCAGUGUUCCAAAUAAUCCAAUCCAUAAGACUUGCCUAGGUCCCCUCUCUUGUGAUUCCCACCCUUGACUGAAUACCUUACCAUUGUGGCUUGAACUGUUUCCUACUCACUUCUGCUAGCCUAGUACUUUUUUGAACGGAUGGAAUUAAAAUAUCUUCAAUAACUUUGCUAAGUAACAGCCUAGUUAAAACAUGCUAAUUUGGUUAUAUUAUUUAGUAUAGUUGAAAAUACUAUGUAGUAGAAAAUAAUCAAAAUGUGUGUAUUUUCGUCCUUCUUGCAAGAUCAUGUUUAUAUGAAACUUUUCAAGCCACGAAAUCCAGUAGUAAAUUACAAUAAAUUUUAUAAAUAUUGUCCACAUUAGGAGUUCUGCUCCCACUGUGUACAAUGACUGCGCAACUAUCUAUGUAGCUUUCAAAGUUGCAUUACUUUAUCUUUAGUUAUUCAUAAGCGCAGGUUUUAAAAACAAUAUAAUCUCAAGAAAAAAAAAACAUAAUUGUACGUACUAUAUUCUUGUAUAUUGUAAAAAAUGAAUUAAUGUUAAGGUGAAGAUAAAAAUCGAGAGCAUUUAGAUAAAUGUUGUUGAAAUUCAUUCCUUUAAGUUUUAUUUGAGACCAAUAAGUGUAGACGCACAACACGCGGUUUAGCGCAAAUGAAUCGCGGUUUUUAAUUUUUUUGUAUUCGAUUUUAGUUGAAUUUUUAUUGUAAAAAUAUGAAUGAAAUUAUUUUAUAUCCGCGCCACGCUAACGAAAUUAUUUGUCGGUACUAUUUUUAAUUUUAAAUGUAAUUUAUUUGAUUAAAAACAGUAUAUUUGUCAUAUUAA